AUGUCGAUAUUGCAACGUAGAUUACAACGACGUAUUUUGCAUACGCAGCAUAAAGCUAGAUCUGAUAUGUUAAGUCUUUUACUAUUAUGGAAGUAUAAUGAGUUUGUAUUUAAAUAUGGAUUUUGUCGCCACAAGGUAAGACGUUUGCUGGAGGGCUACUAUGUGCCACAUGCGGACGACUUGUUUCGUUAUGCUAAUGAGGAUCGGAGGCCGCAUACUGAUAGUUUAUUACAGGAUCUUCCUGUUCCGGAACAGGAAUACACGCACGUUGACCUUAGGGACCAAUGUUUGGAAUGCUCUUGUGAAAGAUUCCAAAAAGGUCAUUUGGCCAUCAAGAAGGAGAACAUGCGAAGUGUGCCGCAGCUCUGCAUCUCUGGCAAAGAUAUAUUGUAG